GAGCAGCGGGAACGCAUGCGUGCGGUGCGGGCUCCCCCCGCCUGUGCCCCCCCGGUCUCGCCUCAGGAAACCGGCUGGCGGCCGCGGGCCGGCGCCGGGGGAGGCGAGGGGUUAACCGGGGUGGGGGCAUCCCGGGCCGAGAGGUGUGAAUUCCGCCCGCUCUCCCCCCUGCCUCCCCCCCGUCUCCGCUAUAAGAGCGGCCGGCGCGGGCUGGGGGGAGCCACUGCGGCGGCUCCUCCUCGCUGGAAGCCCCGGCGCUUUUGGCUGCCCUUUGAAGUCGGAGAGGGAGAAGGAGGGAGGAGGGAGCGUCUGGGGCCGCCGCUGCUCCGCUCCGCUCCGAGCCGCCGCCGCCGCUCCCGCCCGGCCCCGGAGCAUCGUCCUGCCCGGCCCCGGAGCAUCGUCCUGCCCGGCCCCGCCGCCUCCAGGAUGAAGAUAUCCAAGUGGAGGUGGAGCAGCAUCUCCAUCAGUGCUCAGUUGCAGCUGAAAGGCACCCUGGCCCUUCUUCUUGUGGGCAACAUUGUCUUUGUCAUAGCUCAGGACCUGACACAGACGUCCAACAGCCUGGAGGAGGGGUCAGAUGUCACUGCUUACUGGUGGGGAGAGUGGACCAAGUGGACAGCGUGCACCAGGACCUGUGGAGGAGGUGUCAAAUCCCAGGAGAGGCACUGCCUGAGGCAGAGAAGGAAGUCAGUGAGUGGGCUGGCUAAUAAAACUUGCACUGGAACAUCCAAAAGAUACCAGCUCUGCAAAGUGCAAGAGUGCCCUGUGAACGGAAGGAGCUUUCGAGAGGAGCAGUGCUCAUCAUUUAACUCCCAUGUGUAUAAUGGCAGGACGUAUCAAUGGAAACCUUUAUAUCCUGAUGACUAUGUUCACAUUUCUAGCAAGCCUUGUGACCUUCAUUGCACCACUGUGGAUGGUCAGAGACAGUUAAUGGUUCAGGCCAGGGAUGGAACAUCCUGCAAAUACACGGAUUUCCGAGGGGUUUGCGUGUCUGGAAAAUGUGAGCCCAUUGGCUGUGAUGGCAUUCUUUUUUCCACCCACACCUUGGAUAAAUGUGGAGUUUGCCAAGGAGAUGGGAGCAGCUGCACCCACGUAACCGGCAGUUACCGGAAAGGAAAUUCUCAUCUUGGCUAUUCCCUGGUAACGCACAUUCCCGCCGGAGCCAGGGAUAUCCAGAUAGUGGAACGGAAAAAGUCUGCAGAUGUUCUGGCUGUGGCUGAUGAAGCUGGGUACUAUUUCUUCAAUGGGAACUAUAAAGUGGACAGUCCAAAGAACUUCAACAUUGCAGGCACGGUGUUCAAGUACCGCCGGCCCAUGGACGUCUACGAGACCGGGAUCGAGUACAUUGUUGCCCAGGGACCCACAAAUCAAGGGCUGAACAUAAUGGUCUGGAAUCAAAAUGGCAAGAACCCAUCCAUCACAUUUGAGUACACUCUCCUGAGGAAGCCACACUCAAAAAAUCUACAGCCCAUCUACUACACCUUCUCUGAGUCGGAGAGCGAGGAGAGCCGAGAGUUAGAUGGGGAUGUGCCAUUGGGCUUUAUCCAGCACAAUGCAACCUAUUUUGGGAAAAUCUCCAGGGAAAGGAUAGACUUGGAGAACCAGGUGUUUGGAAGGCAGGACACGGAGGAAGAUUUAAACUUGAGCAAAGGUCAGGAAACCAAUGAGGUCUAUGAAAGAGCAGAAACAAUUGACUGUGAGCCAAAACUGAAGGGCAAACAACCCCAAGAUUCAAACGUAACCAGGUCUACUUACCAGACAGACCAUGAUGACAGAGACCUCGAGGCCAGGCUCAGCUCCAGGGAGUUCCUUUUGGAGAACGCCAUCACGGACAAGCUGCUGGGCAAGACAUCGGACUCCAAGGAGCUGCUGCUCAACAUGACCAUGAACAGCAUCUUCUCCCAGGGAGACCCAACCAACUCACUGGGGUCACCCAUUGACAGCCUCUACGUGGACUACGAGGACAGCGACGGCCUCGUCACCUACUCGGUCAACAGCACCUUCAUGGAGCUGAGCAAAGCCACCAACACCUCUGCAGAGACACCGCUCUCAAACGGCACCGUCAGCAUGAGCAGCCCUCAGGGGAACAGAACCCACAAAGCAAGAAACAGAUUGAAGUUAAAAAAGGGCCAAGGUGUGAGUGCUGCUGACAUGUACAGGUGGAAGCUUUCCUCCCAUGAACCCUGCAGCUCUACAUGCACCACAGGAGUGAUGUCCACUUACGCCAUGUGUGUUCGCUAUGAUGGGAUCGAGGUGGACGAUACCUACUGUGAUGCCAUGACCCGGCCCGAGCCCAUCCAUGAGUUCUGUGCUGGGAGGGAGUGCCAGCCAAGGUGGGAGACGAGCAGCUGGAGCGAGUGCUCGCGGACGUGUGGGGAGGGGUACCAGUUCCGCAUCGUGCGCUGCUGGAAGAUGAUCUCCCCCGGCUUCGACAGCUCCGUCUACAGCGACCUGUGCGAGUCCGCCGACAUCGCCCGGCCUGACGAGCGCAAGGUCUGCAAGAACCCGGCCUGUGGGCCCCAGUGGGAGAUGUCUGAGUGGUCUGAGUGCCCGGCCCGCUGCGGGGAGCGGAGCGUGGUCAUCAGGGACAUCCGCUGCUCGGAGGAGGAGAAGCUCUGUGAUGCCAGCGCCCGGCCCCUGGCUGAGAAGAACUGCACGGGGCCACCGUGUGACCGGCAGUGGACAGUGUCCGACUGGGGACCGUGCAGCGGCGGCUGCGGGCAGGGCAGGAUGAUCCGGCACGUGUACUGCAAAACCAGCGAUGGGCGCGUGGUGCCCGAGUCCCAGUGCAACCUGGACACCAAGCCCCUGGCCAUCCACCCCUGUGGGGACAAGAACUGCCCCUCACACUGGCUGGCACAGGACUGGGAGCGGUGCAACACCACGUGUGGCCGUGGUGUGAAGAAGAGGAUCGUGCUCUGCCUGGAGAUUGUCAAUGGCAAGAUCAAGACCCGCAACACCGUUGACUGUGACGUGGCCAAGAAGCCCGUGGAGGAGAGCACGUGCUUUGAGCGGCCCUGCUUCAAGUGGUACACGACACCCUGGUCCGAGUGCACAAAAACCUGUGGGAUCGGUGUGAGGAUGCGGGAUGUGAAGUGCUACCAAGGCAAGGACAUCGUGCGGGGCUGUGACCCACUGGUGAAGCCGGUGGGAAAACAGACCUGUGACCUCCAGCCCUGCCCCACGGAGCCACCAGACGACAGCUGCCAGGACCAGGCAGGAACCAACUGUGCCUUGGCCAUCAAGGUGAACCUGUGCAGCCACUGGUACUACAGCAAAGCCUGCUGCCGCUCCUGCCGCGCUCCCCACUCCUAGGGCCGGCCUGCCUUGGCCAGGGCUCCACCUCCCAUCAGCCACACGUCCCACACACUGCUGACAAGGAUGCUUUUGGCCUGGCUUUUGUGUCCCCACUGAAGCAGAACUCCUCUCCUGGUCCCGAGCAGAGGGACGGCGCUGCUGGACGUUGGGAGCCCCCUGGGAUCAGAGCUGUACAUAAAGUGGUGUAUAUUUGAUUCCCCCCAGACUCCAGCUACACCCAAGGUCAUUUGGUUUCCUCCCUUGGUGCAAGGCUGGGGUUGGCGAGGAGAAGGUGUGAACUCUGGGAAGUGCAAGUUUCCCUUCACAAAAUGGGCUUGGUGCCACUCUCCUGAUUUAUCCCGACACCUGCACGCGCUCGUUAGAUGAAUUAACGUGGUGGCAAGCUGAUUCUCCUUUGUUAAAUUAACUCAAGCCCUUUGUUGUAAUAUGUAGGUGUAUACUUUUUCAGAGAAUUUUAUCUUAUAAUCAAAUGUUAGUUUCAUAGUCCUUACAACCUGCCCCCCAAUGCUGACAUAUUGUAUAUAAUAUGGAAACAUAACUGCACUUUAUAUCACAAAAAAGACGUGCUCUUUUUUAAUAUAUUUGUUUACAGAUAAUGAACUUUAUCCAUAUAAUCAUUAAUUUGUACUCAUAUGUAUAUUUUAAUAAAGUUGUCAUAUUUA